UAUUUUUUCUCUGUAUUAAGGUCGUUUUCAGUGUUGUGGCUAGUAGCACUGGUAGGAUUUCUGAGACCCCAUUUCCAUUAAUCUGUUUCUAAGGUCAUAAAGAAGUGUCCUUUUUUCACUCUGUUACUUCAAGAUUGGCUGAAAUUCUCAUGGUUUUUUUGUUAUUGACAAUUGGAUUCACUUCUAUGGGCCUCUGUUAAAGUGGGUUUUCGUUUGAAAGCACAAAUUCUUGAUUAUCCAGAAGGAAAUUCUGCAUGUUUAUUUUAUUUUUGUGACUUUGGGUACUUGGGGUUUGAGAUAAUUCUUUUUGGUGAUUUGGGUAUCUUUCUUUUUCUUCAUUGGUUGCUUGUGUUGUUUGUUUCAGUCACAAAGGUUUAGAAAUUUGCAGGUGAGUUUUGUGCUUACUGUCUAAACCAGCAUAUUUUUGAGUGAUUUUGGAGAAAGAUUGAAUCUUGUUUUUAUUUUUUUUAACUUGGGUAAUGGAGUGUAAUUGCUGUAAGUAUUGUGGAAAUGAAUUGUUGUGGAUGCAAAUUGUAGAGUAAGAGGAAGCAGUUUUUACUGCAUCUUUGGGGAUCUUGAUUUGAAAAAAUCAAGUAUAGAGCAAGUAUUGCUGAGCUUUUGAUAUUAUAUAGUGAAUGGUGUAAAUUUAGUCAGCUUUUGGUGGUUUGUUUUACAAAGUGUUUGAAAUUUGCAGCUGAGUUCGGUUUUGGACAUAAAACUAAAAUCUUGAGUACUGUGAAACAACAUACUUUUGAGUGACUUUGGAGAAAGAUUGAAUCUUGUUUUUGUUUUUCAAAAAUCUUUGGUUUUCAACUUGGAUAAUGAAGUGUAAUUGAUGUAAGUAUUGUGGAGGUGAAUUGUUGUGGUGCAAAUUGUAGAAUAAGAGGAAGAAAUUUUACACUCUACCCUCAUUAGACCCCACUUGUGGGAACACACUGGGUUUGUUGUUGUUGUUAUUAGGGAUCUUGAUUUGGAAUAAUCAAUUAUAGAGCAAGUAGUAGAGUUCUUGGACUGCUGGUAUAUCAAAUGAUGUUUGCAGAUUUUGAUAGUACUAUAUAGUGAAUGGUGUAAAUUUUAGUUAGUUUUUGGGUGGUGAGAAUUGGAGAUGUCAAUUGUUUCACCCUCUCCAAGUUCUUCUACAACAUUUGCAGCUCCACCAACUGCUUUGAAUUCUCCAGCACCUAUAUCUCAGCCCAAUGAAAACUCAUCUACAAUUGCAUCUCCACAAUCUGCUCCUCCUAUAGCACCACUGCCACAAUCCCCUCCUCCUCCAACAGAUAUAACACUGCCUCCUCCAGCCUCAUCUCCACAACAACAACCACCAACUUUUACUCCAACACCUCCUGCAGAAUCUGCUCCUCCAAUUAUUAGUCCGCCACCUACACCGUCCGGGCCGCCUGCUAGCAGCUUAACACCACCUCCAUCUUCUAGUCCACCUGCUAGUUCACCAGAACCUCCAUCAUCCAGCACACCAAGUAGACCACCACCAUUACCACCUCAACCAGAACCAACUCGUCCUGCAAGUUCACCUCCACCACCAUCGACGCGUCCCCCUGCAUUGUCGCCUCCUCAUUCAUCAACACUCCCCCCUGCAUUGUCACCUCCUCAUUCAUCAACACUCCCUCCUGCAUUGUCACCUCCACCACCUGUGCAAAAUCCAAGAACUUCUCCAGCACCACGAUCUCCAGGGAAUCCAUCUCCUGAACCUCCUAAAAGGUCAUCACCUUCACCACCAUCAUCCAAGCCUCCUGUGAAUGCACCUCCAGCUAAGCCACCACGAAAUACUCCAGAUUCGCCAGCCUUGGUCCCUCCGAAAAAGUCACCCCCUUCGCCAGCUGCAUUACCUCCUAGUAAUUCAGCAUCUCUACCAAAACCUACAGUACAAUCGUCAUCACCUCAAUCGUCCAAUGGUGCACAGCCUUCUCUUACUACUCCUUCACGAUCAUUUCCUUCAGGUGACACUCCUACGUCCAGUAACAGUUCAGCAGUCAAAUCAAAGGAUACAGGGAAUGGAGGCAUUGGUACUGGAGGGUCCAUUGCAAUUGGCAUCAUACUUGUGUUUCUGUUGUUUGGUAUCAUUGGAGCAGCGGGAUGGUGUAUAUGGAAGCGAAAGAAAAAAGGUUCAGGCCUGAGUGGUGGUUAUAUCUUGCCAGCAACUUUGGUCUCCUCUCCAAAAUCAGGUACUGCCUCAUUAAAGGUUCAAGAAUCAACACCUGAGAUUGGAAAUGGAGCUGGCUCCGAUAUUGAGAACGCUCCAGGAAACACUGGUGGAUUAGGGCAUUCAAAGCCAUGGUUUACUUAUCAAGAACUACUUGAAGCUACUAAUCGAUUUUCGGAGCAUAAUCUAUUGGGUGAGGGUGGAUUUGGUUCCGUGUACAAGGGAUGCCUAGCGAAUGGUAGAGAUGUAGCAGUAAAGAAGCUUAAUAUUAAUGGGAGCCAGGGGGAGCGUGAGUUCAGAGCUGAAGUUGAAAUCAUUAGUCGUAUACAUCAUCGACAUUUGGUUUCACUUGUAGGUUAUUGCAUUUAUGAGAACAGAAGGCUCCUUGUCUAUGACUAUGUCGCCAAUGACACCCUUUACUUCCAUCUCCAUGCACAGGGAAGGCCUGUUCUGGAUUGGGCUACACGUGUUAAGAUUGCUGUUGGUGCAGCCCGUGGAAUAGCUUAUCUGCAUGAAGAUUGCUGUCCUCGCGUCAUCCACAGAGAUAUUAAGUCGUCUAACAUUCUUUUGGAUAACAACUUUGAUGCUCGGGUUGCUGAUUUUGGAUUAGCUAAAUUAGCUCAGGAUGCAAAGAGUCACGUUACGACACGUGUUAUGGGUACGUUUGGAUACAUGGCCCCUGAAUAUGCAUCCAGUGGAAGGCUGAGUGAAAAAUCCGAUGUAUAUUCCUUUGGAGUUGUGCUUCUGGAGCUAAUUACUGGACGGAAGUCUGUGGAUGCAUCUCAGCCUUUGGGGGAGGAAAGUCUAGUUGAGUGGGCUCGACCUUUGCUUGGCCAUGCACUUGAAAAAGAGGAAUUUGAUCAGUUGGCAGAUCCUCGCCUUGGGAAGAACUACGUAGACAGUGAGAUGUUUCGAAUGAUUGAGAUUGCUGCAGCUUGUGUGCGUCACUCAGCUGCAAAGAGACCAGGGAUGGGACAGAUCAUGAGAGCUUUUGAUAGUAUGCUUAUGUCUGAUCUGACAAACGGGAUGAAAGUUGGUGAAAGUUCAAUAUAUAACUCUGCAGAGCAAUCUGCACAAAUAAGAUUGUUUCGGAGGAUGGCAUUUCCUAGUCAAGAUCGAUCUUCAGGUUUUUCCAGUCAAGAUACCAAUUAUAGUAGAGAGUUGUCUGAACAUGUUUAGAUGAAACUAAGUGUAUGAAUCUGUUAACAUAUCAAAGGCUGCUUAGCUGAGAGAUACACUGAUUAAGUUUUGUAAAGUAGGUCUCUUCUUAGCUGACAUACAUGUUAGUCUGCAAUUUUGAUAGCAAUUUUUUCUGUAAGUGAUAACUUUUAUGGUCAUCUCCAACUAUUGUUCUUUCAAGAGUUCAUUGAUUUCCUUUCUUGUUCAAGAAAGUUGCAA